UCGAAAGCUUCGUAGAAUAAUGUCGUGAGUGAUUGAAAAACUAAGUCGGCCGUAUCGCUUUGUUUGCAUUUUGACUGUGUGUAGAAUCCGACAGAAAAGGGGAACAAAAGAGAACAAGAAAUAUUCACAAAUGUUGUGAGUUCAGUAAUCAAAGCGAGCGGUAGUUAGUCAAGUGGAAGAGUCCAUCUAAGCAACAGCUAAACUAGCGUAGCGCACCGAUCUGCUCAGUGACGGUUUGAAAAGUCCGACGAAUGCGAUGAUCGUAAUAAUAAAACAAAUUAAUAGACGGUCGCCAGUGCACUGUGACGUGCGAGAAUAAAUUUCAAAUACUUAAUUGAUCACAACUAUUUUUGGAUUGAACACUAAUCGAAUGAAUUACUUUGAACGAACGAAGAAAAGCCAAAUAGCCGUGUUUCCUCCCAUAUACCUGUCUAUAUCCACAAAAACUGUGAUUUAUUUAAUCUGUGUGUGGUUGUGCUUCUUACUUUUUUCGAAAUAAAAUAAACAAAUUGAUUUAAUCGGUACAAAGGCCUAACAAAGUUUUGGCGAUUUUAGUGAAAUAAACAAUUUUGGAAUUAAACAACAAAAAAAAAACAGAUUUCAAAAAAAAAAUAUUGUAUUAACCCACAGUCGGACCUUGCAUAGCAUGUCCAAUGAUGAACUUCAGAGAUUCAUUUUACUGAAUUCCGAACUUAAAUACCUGUGGAACCAAUACAACGUGCAACGACACCAAACAACACAUAUACCAAAGGAAGUGCAACCAAAUCCGCAUGAUGCCAACAAUAAUAACAACAGAAUAACACCAACAUCUGAGAGGAUCACCAGUCCAGGAUCGAACAGCACGCCAUAUAAUUCCAGAAGGAUACACAACUUGAGACGGUCAUUCUCUGGAUCUGAUUCCCAGUCAUCCGAAUCGACAUCGAUUGACAUUUUAGGCAUCGAGGACUGUGGUGACAAUAUUAUGUCACCGGUAAGCAUUCCAUCUUCACAGACAUCUUUACUCCCAUCGGAACCCAGAUUGACAUCGUUGCCGCAGCAUCUACACUCCGCACAAACAAUGGAACUGACCGCAGCCAAUGUACCAUCGGGGUUUCCCCUCAACUACCAGCAACUGUACGCCAGUAACGCAGCUCUGUAUGGAGCGCCGGUUAUGUUCUCGGGGGCCUUACACGCCGCCCAUGCCUCCUACAUGGCUGGACUGCCCAUGCAUGCCGCUUUACCACCGAAUGAAUCCUAUCUGAAAGCCAUACAGGCAGCAGCGUGCGGUUUAUAUAAUCCGGCGGGGCUACCGCACCCCAUGACGAACCCCAAUGUAAUGUCGUGUAAGGCCGCCAAUAUGCACAAUCCGGCGACACCUAUGAUGGCGCUGGCGCCAUCUGCACCCAUUACAAUGCCCCCCAAGUCGCCACAGUACACAAACGUCAACGACAACCAUAUCAGUAAACCGGAAUCGGAACAACACCAUUUCGCGACAUCGUUAAAUGGAUCCGGGUCGGUGAGAUUAGGCAAUGCCAGCUCAACAAACGGUACCUACUUAAACGAAAAAGUGAAUGAGUCUGGCAGUGAUGCGGCGAAUGACUCGCAUUUCAAGGUGCCCAAUGGGAAAGAGGGAACCCUAAAACACCGCAUACUUAAACCUUCAAGCAGCGAAGGUUCCGAUGCCACCAAAACCCCUGUUAUGAGGACUUACACCACUACUUCAAACUUCAAGAAGGGUACUUACAUCGAACUCGCCAAUGGUGCUCUCAGGCGUGUGGAAGAUAUGCGUACCGAAGACUUCAUUCAAUGUGCUGACCGUAGUCCGCAACAUCAACUUGCGGAAUCGACUGUUGUCAAAAUAAGCACAUCGUCGCAGCAGCCGGUGGCUAUAAUAACAUUCAGUUACGACAGGAACCGUUCAAAGGUGGAUAUGGAAGUUUCUGUGGAUCAUCCGUUUUUCGUUUAUGGCCAAGGCUGGGCGUCCUGCAAUCCAGAAAUGUCAAUGCAGGUGUUCGGACUCAAGUGCCAGAGGCUGCAAGUAGGCGAUAUUUGCAUUUCAUUAACGAAGCGUACCACCGAAGUUCCUCCCAACUCCCAACGGCGACAUUCCCUGUCAUCGGUGUCAAAUAAUCCCAAUGUCAACUCAAAUACCUCACCAAUGCAACCGUCAACAAUGAGUUCUACAUCGGAGCUAUCGUACCCACCGCACUUAAAUGCUAAUGCAUUCUCAAUGGCAGGUCCACCUAAUCUCCCCCACCCGCUGCCUUCCUAUGCGGAAAUGGCCAAACUCAUGUCGUCGUAUGCAUAUGCUAAAGGUCUACCGCAAAUUUCCCCCGAGCAAUUAAAAGAAGUUGUCAUGGAUGCUAGCAUGCUGCAGAGUCUUUCACCGAAGAUGGUCAAUGCCGCGUUCUAUCAAAACCAAAUUUAUCAAUACGCCCAACAACAGCAGGAGCUAUUGAGGCGCAAUGAUUUUAAAUACAGUCAGGAGCGAUCAUCGCCAUUGCGCCCAGCAUCAGGGCACGACGUUGACACUAACCAGCCUGCGACCCACACGCCACUGCAAACCCAACCCCUUGAUGCGUCCAUUUCGCGAAAACGCCGCUGGUCAGCUCCAGAAAAUAUGUUCGACGACGAAGACGCCGAUACUCAGCCUUCAAGAAACCCCCACCUGCCGUCUUCAUUGGGUACAUUGUCGCCAGCGACCACUGCCCGGACAUAAGCGUGUCGUAUUUACGCCAACACCAAUCCAUCGAAAUGCAAACACUCGCACAUCCUUUAAUGAUCUCAAAUACUCAUGAAAGAAAGUGUAUCGCUCGAAUCGGCGAAGGUCCCGCAUCGAACGCAAAUUUGCCACUUGAAAUGCGGCACUUUUUUGAUUAGCACAUCAAAAGCUAACGAUCUGUAACGACUCAAGUCUAUUCGGCCAACAAUUGCCCUGACCUUAGCCGCCUCGGUAGCAAUAGCGAGCCUGCAACAACUAAACUCCCAGCCAUAUUACAAUACACAAACAACGAUAUUCCUAAGUUUAGUCUAAGCAAUUAUAUGCAACAACGACUUCAUAAAAUGUUUUAUAAAGUCAUUUUUUACAAAUUGCCACUACUGCGAAGAUAGCGCACGUGUGCAUGUCUAUAUGUAUGUGUGUGUGUACUAUAUUCCAAUUGUUCCACACGAUUCUCAAAAAUAGACGUUCCGAAAUCCCAAACUUGAUAGUAUUGCAGACAUAUCCAUACAUAUGUAUGUAUAUACCGUAACGUCUAUGUAGUCAAAUUAUUUACACUUCGAAAUCAGGGUGCAUACGAUAAUUAUUUUGUAAAUAUGUAAAUUUAUCUAUUUGUAAAUUGUAACAAUGUUCGUAAAUAAAUCAUAGAUGUGUAACAUA